GGCUCAUAGUGACUUUUCACCUCGAUCGAGUUGGAUAUUAAUCCUGCGACUUUAAAACAAACAGAGGCACGGGGCACGAAAACCGGCAAAAUGAGCAAAGUGCAAGGAGGCACGAAAUGUGUGAAAUACCUGCUUUUCCUCUUCAACUUCAUAUUCUGGCUCUCUGGUUCAUUGGUGUUAGCAGUAGGACUGUGGCUGAGGUUUGAUCCUAGUAUAUCCUCAUUACUGAAAGAAAAUGGAGUUCCCCAAACCUUCUUUUUUGCUGUGUAUAUUUUGAUUGGAACAGGAGGAAUCAUGAUGCUCGUGGGGUUUUUUGGGUGCUGUGGAGCCGUGAAGGAGUCACCAUGUCUUCUGGGACUGUUCUUUUCCUGUCUAUUGAUCAUUUUUGGUGCAGAAGUGGCUGCAGGAAUUUUUGGCUUCUUGAACAAAGAUGAGAUUAUUAAGGAGGUUCAACACUUCUACACUACCUCCAUCAGUGGAAAUGGCAAUAGCACCACAAUCACCUCCAUGUAUCAUGAUAUUCUUGAGUGCUGUGGAGGCCGAGAUGGAAAAUCUAAUGAAUCGCUGUGUCCUGAUAGUAAUACCAAGGACUGCUUCAAAGCCAUAGAGGAUUUUUUCAAUGAGAAACUCAUCAUCAUUGGAUAUGUGGGUAUUGGCAUUGCAGGAAUCAUGAUAAUUGGCAUGAUCUUCAGUCUGGCUCUAUGCUGUGGUAUCCAGAGCAACAGGGAAGUCAUAUAGAUGCUUACAGGCUUCAUCCUUCAGACUGAACAGGCCUGAACUCACUGUGCAAACGCAUUUGAAAGGCGCACGGAGUAGGAUAAGUGCAGCUAAUUCUCUUUUCUUUGUGUUUUGUGCUGAAUUAUCACAGCAUGGAUUGAGCCUGUAACCAAAUUAACAUGUCCUUAUUUUAAUUAUCUGGGAGACCAGUUAUGAUUAUAACUGGAUUUUUAUGACCAGUUUAGACAUUACCAAGCAGAAGCUUGGGCAAUGUUCUAUUUUUCCUCUUCCUCUUUUGCUUUAUAUGCAAGAAGACUGGUAAUGUAAAUAGUGUAUGUAAAGCACAGGUUCUGCUUAUCUGUUGACUCCUUGGAAUGUUUAAUGUGCAAAUGUACUCCAUGUUUGCUGUAGUAAUACAGAGCUUUAUUCAACCUAAA